CGAAAGGCGGAAUAUCCGCAUUUGUAGGAGGAUACGGGAUAGGUGUUGAUUUUUUUUUCGGGAAUACACUGUCACUGAAGUACGUGCGUUUUCCAGUGAAUUCUCUUGAGAAUAUAUUCCUUUCUUUAUAGGUCAGCUAAACCAUCGGUAUGCCUGGGAUAGAAAAACUACCGAUAGAGGAGACCCUGGAAGACAGUCCGCAGACACGCUCCCUCCUUGGUGUGUUUGAGGAAGAUGCAGCAGCCAUAUCCAGCUAUUCCCAUCAACUCUUUCAGGCCAUGCAGAGAAUCUAUGAUGCACAGAAUGAACUCAGUGCUGCCACUCACCUCACCUCAAAGCUGUUGAAGGACUAUGAGAAACAGCGAUUCCCUCUGGCGGGUGAUGAUGAGGUCAUGAACUCCACUCUGCAGCAGUUUUCCAAGGUCAUUGAUGAGCUCAGCUCGUGUCAUGCAGUCCUCUCUACCCAGCUGGCCGACGCCAUGAUGUUCCCAAUCACACAGUUCAAAGAACGGGACCUCAAGGAGAUCCUCACACUGAAGGAGGUGUUCCAGAUCGCCAGCAACGAUCAUGAUGUGGCCAUCAACAGAUAUAGCCGCCUGUCCAAAAAAAGGGACAAUGAGAAGGUGAAGAUCGAGGUCAUGGAGGAUGUGUAUACCUCCAGGAAGAAGCAACACCAGACCAUGAUGCACUACUUCACAGCACUCAACACCCUGCAGUACAAGAAGAAGAUAGCCCUGUUGGAGCCGCUGCUGGGGUACAUGCAGGCACAGAUCAGUUUCUUCAAGCUGGGCUCUGAGAACCUCACACAACAAUGGGAAGACUUCCUGACCAAUAUUGGCACUAGUGUGCAAAAUGUGCGCAGAGAGAUGGAUGGAGAAGUGGAUGUUAUGCAGCAGACCAUUCAGGACCUAGAGGAGGCCAGUGACCUGCUCUACAUGCCUGACCCAGACCCCCACCAGAUCCCUAUUGACCGCACACUUACACGGAAAGCUGGCUACCUCAACAUGCGCAAUAAAACAGGCCUUGUGUCCUCAACCUGGGAUCGACAGUACUUUUUCUCCCAGGGAGGGAACCUGAUGAGCCAGUCUCGUGGUGAGGUUGCUGGGGGUCUGGUCAUGGACUUGGAUAACUGCUCAGUGAUGGCUGUGGACUGUGAGGACAGACGUUUCUGCUUCCAGAUCACCGCUUUUGAUGGCAAGAAAGUGGCCAUUUUACAAGCAGAGAGCAGGAAGGACUGUGAAGAGUGGAUUGCGACCAUAAACAACAUUUCUAAGAGGAUAUAUUUGAGUGAAAAUCCUGAGGAAAUUGCUGCUCGAGUCAACCAAUCAGCUCUGGAGGCUGUGACACCAUCUCCCUCUUUCCAACAGAGGCAUGAGAGUCUGCGGACAAGCAUGCAAGGAAGGCCUAAAGCAAGCCGUGCCAUCAGCCAGAGUUCAGUGGGCCCUGAGUCCCCCGCUCUCUCCUCGCUGUCACUCGACUCACUGGUGGCUCCGGACACGCCCAUCCAGUUUGACAUCAUUUCACCAGUUAGUGAGGAGUACUCGAGCCAGGCCAAGAGUGCCGCACCGGGCAGAAGGACCAACCCGUUUGGAGAGUCAGGGAAUUCCCAAUCAGUGGAUGGAGAAGAUUCCAUCCUGCACCAGCUCUUCAUCGUGCGCUUCCUGGGCUCGAUGGAGGUGAAGGCCACGGAGAACACCGACGUCAUCUACGAGACCAUGAGGCAGAUCCUGGCAGCCAGGGCCAUCCACAACAUCUUCAGGAUGACUGAGUCACACCUCCUAGUCACCUGCGACUGUCUCAAGUUAAUUGAUCCGCAGACACAAGUAACGAGACUACGGUUCCCCUUAUCCAGUGUGGUGCUGUGUGCCUCCCAUCAGGAGAACAAGAGACUCUUUGGCUUUGUGCUUCAGACAGCUGGAGGGAAUGAUGGACGACCAGUCACUGUGUGUUACAUCUUUGAGUCGAACAAUGAUGGGGAGAAGAUCUGUGAUAGUGUGGGCUUGGCAAAACAAAUUGCUUUCCAUUCAGAAAUGGAUCGAAGAGCUACAGAGAAGCAGAAGGAGCUGGAGAAGGCCAAAGAGAAGCAGCUGGAGGAGCUGAGCAAACAGAAACAGAUUGAAAAGGACCUCGAAGAACAGAGUCGCUUAAUAGCCGCCUCUAGCCGGCCCAACCCACCUACAGCAGAUGGACAAUUCCUGGUGCUAAGCAACAGCCAAUCAGAGGACAGCGAUGCUGGCGAAGAAGGCAAGAAAAAAGGCGAAUCGGAGGCCUGACCAUGAAGUGUGCACAGCUUCCCUUACAAAAAACUGUCCACUUGGCAACUGCCAAACCCAAGCCUUUCAGCCAAGGGCCUCUGAAAGGAAGAAGGUUUUUGGGAGACAAGAUGACUACCAAACACAACCAUGUAGCAGACAGUGGAGGGAAGGGCAAACCGUAGAUCAGGCAGAACUUCCCAGUUUAUUGUUUCUGUUGUGUACAUAAAUCCUGUAUUUGAUGCUGUCUCUGGUAUUCAAAAAGAUACAAUGCUUCAACAUUUUGUAUAUAUCACUGCACUAUGUCAUACAACUGCAUACUAAACAGAAGAGACAAUAUUUUUAUUUGAUUUUAGAAGAAAUUGCACGUGUCGGUAACAGACUAAUUUUUGUAAGGGACUUGUGAUAAUAUCUUUAUUUUGGAGUUGCACUCUCCAGCCUAAGUUUACUGUUGCUCUAACAGCCUUUCGUGCCCUUUUGGUUUUAUCAUAAGGGCCUUGUGUUCACGUUGUCAUGGGUUUUUGGUUUGUUUUUCUACUUGAAUUUUUUUUUUUUUUAGAUGUUUGCCGAAGAGACUGCCCUUAACAGGUAGCAGAAAUGCUGUGUUAUGGCCUUGGAUCAGCUAUCAUUUAGGAUGAAAAGAAUGAUUCACGAGGAUUGUGCUUGUGCUGUGAAAUAUAGAGAUUAGGAAAGAAUAUUUGUAUGCUUCACAUACAUUCUUAAUAGAGUGCAAUUUCUGCUUGGUUCAACUGAACACUCAAAAUGGCAAACUACGAUUUAAUGAUUUAAUGAAGUAACUGAAUGAUGGCCCACUUCAGUUGCGUUGGUGCAUUUGACUCUCUGCCUUAGGCAUAUGGCCAAUAUAACACAUGUGUGUUGCUGGUCGGGUUUCCAGUUUCAAGUUCCAAGCUUUCAUCUCAAGUCAAGAGUUGUUUGUGUGUGGCAUUGCACAAAAUGGAGAUUUGCUGUUCCCUUGAAGCACAUUAGACUGAUUUCAAGUUUAGCUCUUGUGUGUGUGUAAUCAUUUUUUCUGGUAAAACACCCAAGAUGAUUGUAUUGUAUAUUAUGAAUUAGGGCUAGGCAAUUCAUCGAUUUCAAGUAUGAUUAUGGCUUCCAACGAUUCUGAAAACAAACGAUUAAUGUGCCGCAUUCCAUUUCGCAAUGAUGCUCUCGUUUUGUCUUGUAUUAUAAAUCCAGCGCACUCAUUUCCUUAACAACAGUGCACUUCUGCCCCUCCCUAACAGCCCAAACGCACUCUCAGCCACUGAAUAAGUAGCACCACUGUAAGCGUAAGACAUCAUAGUUAAUGCUACAGGCCCUAAAUAAUCGCUUUGGGUUGAUGCAAAACCGAUGGGACUUUCCAGUAUCACGUUCAGGUCACAUCCCUACAUGAAAACAUAACCUAUAACCUAAACCAGCAAGUGGCAGUGCACCAUUCAUCAGUGUAGGCCUACGUCAUUGUAGGCCUACAGUACUUAUCUUUUCAACUGAAUAUGGAAAAAUAAAAACUCUACCAAAAUUAACGAAAGGUGAUUUUUAAAUAACACUUGUCUGUACGUAUUAGUCGAUUUACUAUUUCUAAGUGAAGACGACAAAAUAUCGGUUAAUGUCAUCAAAAUAUAAUAAUGUAAACAUAAUAUGCAUUGAUGAUAAUACUACUAAUAAUAAAGUAGGGUCUAGCGUUGAGAACUCAUGUUCGCAUGUACAACCACACCGCUGCUGAAAGAAAUCCUAGGGGAAACACUGAAUGAGUAAUCAUGUUAAAUGAUCACUAUCUCAAUAUUGUCCAAAAUAAUCACGAUUAUGAUUUUUGCCAUAAUCGAGCUGCCCAGUUAUGAAUGUCACCAACAGUGCGGCAGCCCUUCAUGAAGCAUGCGAUUUAAACUGACAUAUCAGUACCAUUUUCAAGUAGCAACUUAAGAUGUGUCCCUUUUACUUCAAAUGUGCAUGGCACAUCAGUCUGACCAUUCUUUUUUCACCUGUCCAGCCCCCAGACCUGUAGAUAUGCACCUCUAUUAUAGUUUCCCAGUGUGUUGCCAUAAUCUGAUUAGUUUCAGUGGGAUGGAAAUGAAUGCAUAUGUAAUCUAUACCUUUUAAUAUGAACCGGCCUAUGUUACCCAGUCUCUUAAAGCACUAAAUAACUUUGACCAUUGUAUAUAUUGGAUUUGCAUUUUAAGAUAAGGGGCUUCAGAUUCAUCACAGUUUGGAUAAGGGAUAAUACAUGGUUGAAAUGUGAUCCUUUCUGUGUGCUAUUAUAUGCAGUGUGAAAACUAUUUUUAAACUGACAUCUGAAGUGUAUUCAAUUGUUUGCACCUCAGAAGGAAAUCGUGCUUUCUGUAGACCAAGGAAAGUAAAAAAUCAAGCUAUAAUAAAUGUUAUUAUAAAAAAUACAUAUUUACUAUAACCUGUAUAAUUUUGAGAUCAAACAAAAACGGGCUAUACAUUUGAAAGAAACUUCACUGCAACCAGGAUUAGCUGGUCUUUGAAGGUGCACUUUGGAGGUCAUAGGCAAGUGUGAUGUUAAUUUAAAACUCAUUUUGUAAAGGAGUGUAAUGUUCUUACUGAAAGCUUCAUUUUAUCUUAUAUAAUAAAUGUUCUAAUGUUUUUUUUCUCUUCUAA